UAACCAGCACAUCAAGAUGCAGACAGCAGCCUUCCAAGGCAAGAAAGGGGGAAACGCAGACAGUGACAAAGAUGCCCAAGACCCUGACUAUGAGAAUAUCACCUUGACCUUCAGAAAUCGGGACCAGCCAAGGGGUAGUCACCCGGCGCCUGUCAAUCAAGCCCAGCCCAGGCCAUCCUCAGACCCCGUGCAGGUCCCCACUUGGGUGCACAGAGCCAUCAUGAGCCUGUACAUCCUUCUCGCCCUGACCUUUCUGUUCCUUAUCACUCUUUCCAUCUUGAUCCUGUUGAAAAAUUCCGAGAUGUCUAAGGAGCUGCUGAGCUUGAAAAGGGAGCUUUGGAAUGCUUCCAACGCGGCUCAGGAGUGCCAGGAGGAGCAGAAGAAGGGGUGGAGAGUCAUCCUGCAGAACUUUGGGGAGGCCAUGAAGGCCAUCAGAGAGAUCAACACCAAGGUCCAAGGUGGAAACGAAAAACUGAAGACGGUGCCAGCAGAAGUAAACCAAAUCAAUAAAAACACACAGAAGAUCCUGGAGUUGCUGGGGAGGAACACAAGUACAUAGGCUACACCUGAAUAAAUAGGACAUUGCAGCCACAGCUUGGAGGACAGGAUUGCAGCUGCCAGCAAAGAUGGAAAAUGCAGUGUCAACCUACCACUUGUCCCCAUAUACAGAAAAUGUAAUGUCGUCCUGACUGUUGCAGAGUUGUGUGAGCGAGUGAGUGUGUGUGUGAGGGAGAAUAAGCAUUUUGGGAAGGGUGGGAGUUUCUGUGCGUCCCACAGGAAAGGUGUUAUGGGUAAAUGUGAACAUGGGGGUCACAGCAAAUGUCAUGCAUGUGCCCAUGUCACUCUACAUAUGGCACAUGUAUGUGACAUGACAUGAGUACAGGCAUGUCCCAGUCACCAGGCAUCCCCAAAAUAUGCCACUGUGAGUGUGACAGGUGCUGGUGACAGGUGAGGCUCAUCUCACAGCGUGAACGUGAGUGCACUGUGCUGCGCUGUGUGUAUACCUGUCAUGGUGGGGAGGGAAUGUGCAGCUGUAAAUGUGAAUGUCGUGUUGUGUGCCAGCGUGAACAGGCAUGUGUCAUUCUGAAUGUGCUGGGUUUUGCCACCCUGUGUGUGCAGAGCACAGAUGUGUGUGUGUCCACUUAUUUCUGCAUUCGGGUUUUGUGAUUCAUGAAGGUAAAAGGCAAGG